CUGAUCAUCAACCUUCGCUUUCUCCACCUCUCCCUCUGACUGAUCAUCAACCUUCGCCUUCUGUCUAUCGUGUGUUUUUAUUUUCCGUUUGUCAUGAAGAGGUAAGAACAAGAAGUCACUACUGAGUUAACUAUAAAAUACUGUCAGACCACGUCUCUACGGUCACUAUGAAAGGUGAUAACAGGGACAACAGCAUGCAUACCGUGCCUCUCUAGUCGUAGUACUAGUACUGGAGUGAAUCACGCAAGUUCCACGCUCGCCUCGCAUGUGCUCAACGAAUACGUAGAUCAGGGACAUCGACGGACAACUAAAACAAUUGUACAGGAAGUGGAUGAAUUUAGUUUCAUUUCACGACUUCUAGGGUCUAGACAUCAUGGCAAGCAGCCCAGGAAUAGUUCCUUCUGGAUCGUCCGAGGAUGACAUCAGCAGAAAUAGUACAAUUGGUGUGUCAUCCCAGGAGGACCCCAGAUCAUACGAUGCACGACAAGUCGAGGCUGACGGUAUUUUUGAGCAGCCGGAGCACCAGCGGACGAGUGCCAAUCUUCCAGGAGCACCAGAGCAACGGCAUGGAGCCGGCGACCAGACUGAUGAAGACCACGACCUGAGCGACACCGAAGUUGAAGGAGAGCAGAUAUACGGAUCGGCUGAUUUUCUAAACGAAGACCACUGCAGCAAUAUGGUUCGUCCUCCUCAAGUACGCGAUUGGCAUAGUGUCGAGGCGCCACAACCUGCAAAACCGCGACCGACAGCACAUUAUGGACAGGUUUUGCUCUGUAUGCUUUUUAGAAGAGUAUAAGAAGAAGCUAUCCUACCCGAUCCUAAGAUCAAGAAGAGACAACAGCAGCUGAGGUUGUCACGUGGUUCGUCAUGGGGUCGAGUUAUCAUGUUGACUUGACUCCGUAACACUCUACUACUGAGUUAUCACGUUGACUUCACACUAUAAUAAUUGUGGUUCUAGUACUUGGUAACCUGGAUUCGAUCAAAAUCAGGUUACCUCCUUGUUUUCCUCAUGAUCAAAAUCAGGUUACCAAAUACAAGCACCACUCGCGCACUCCUGUACGAAAACUCGCUCACCACGGUCUCUAAGUCUUCGAGGAAGCAACAGACUUCGGUCGCGACAGCCGAUCAACAGUCGCGACGUCUCGCUGUGGGCUCCAAAGCUCCUUCUUUUCCUCCUGCAACUACCAAGGCUCGAAUAGUGUUCAGAAUGGCGUUGCGAGUGUUGUAAGUUAUGCUAUGGUAAAGACAAAAAGACGUAGUUUUACCUAUCGAAAAUAUUUUCUUUUACGUAUAGUUGCGGCAACAAGAACAAAAAAUAUGGAUGUUUGUUCCAGUUCCACCCAUGACUUCUAAAUGAGUUUCUUUGUCUUUUUUACUUGUGCCUUUUGUAAAGAACUCCUUCACAGAAUCUUCAUCGAAUAAUCGCUCUCAUACUUUUGCUUACACAUCAUUCUCAACUUCACGAACACUGCAGCGACGAGUGGUAAGUUUCAGCGAAGCAGCAUGCCAGUCAUCACAGAACAAGCAUCAUCGAUGUCUCACGAAGUGAAAGCGCCGAACAGAACGAGUUCUUGUAUUAUCGAUGUCUGCUCACAGAACAAGUAUCUACGAAGUGCCGGCUCUUCUUCGGAUCCCUGUGAUCAUCUCGUCUACGAUCGGCGUGAAGGAGAAGACAUAUGCAGCCCCAGUGCUACGCAACUGCCAGCAGGAGGUGGGACGACAGGUCGUAAAGAAUCUUCGAAGCUCCUUAGAAGCACACGCUAUUCCUGCUCAUCUGUGUGUGCAAAACAAGGCAACAAAACGACAACGAUCGUUUGUUAAGUGAUAAAAAGAAUAUCUAAAAAUCGCAUCAUGGAGCACUUCAAUCCACUUCUAAACAUAGCUCGUGGUAUCGUAUCCUCACACUGACUUUAUCUUUUAGCACUUCUAGCACUUCAUUGUUCUAGUUGAAUCAACACAGGCUCUUUCCACCUAGCCACUGACGUUGUUCUCCAAACUUAAGGCUACCGCUGGACCAUCCUCAACAUCAUCCUUGGCCCUUUUUUCAAGGAGAAAAAGGCACCAGGGAGGUUCUCGGGGAUGCGAGCGCGGUAGCUCUAACAAACGUUAUCGUUACAACAGGUUGCAUAAGAGACAGCAAGAAGCCUGGUCAGAUGAACCGCGAAACAGCGUUGCUGAUGAAACGGAGUGUCUUAGGACCACGCCACGAAGUGGGCACUUCCUACAGCAGGGGAAGAGUCACCAGUUCCUCCAUCUCCUGUCAUGGGCACAGCUGCAGCGCAAGAACGUCGCGCUCUUCUCGUUAUCAGCAAAGCGCUCAACAUUAAGGCUACAGUGUACGUUCACCAAUCGCUUGAGGCCCUUUUACGGUCACCAAUCGUUAGGAAAAUCUUAGGCAAGCUGCCGAAUAGAUUCGAAGCAUCAUAUUCACCAAGUAAGUUGUCUUAGGCUUCGCCUACUUUUUACCAUGUGCAUGUGCAUCAGAAGUCUCGUCUAGGAAAGCGAGAAGUAGUUGUACCUACGACAGCAGCUCUCCUCUAACUCCUCCUCCAGGACGAUAACAUAUCUUUCGCCUUGCCAUUGUGCGAGAGAUCUUACAGGGACAAAAUGCAGUCCGAUAUGGAGAGAAGUAUACUUUUCAGGUAUGACGAAUGAGCACAUAUAUUUGUUUCACACGACCCUCUUCUACCAUAUCAUAGGAUCAUGGACAUGUCUUGGGGACUACUAUGUAGAUGUACUCAUUGUUUCUUUCAAAGAAUAUAAGUGAUCGUUUCCAUCUGAUUAGAUUUGUAGGCCAUGGAUCUACUUUCCAUCUGAUUGAUUGUAGGCGAUGGAUCUACUUUCCAUCUGAUUGAUUGUAAGCGGGAUCAUGAAUCCGCAACCAACAUUCUUUCAUAUAAUCCAGUGCUCAGAUCAAGUUCAGAAGGCGCCCAGCGCAGAAGUGGGAAAACAGAAGACGUCCUCCGCAAAAUUGGGAUCAAGUUCAGGAGACACUUUCCUUGCUGAUCCGAGAAGAUCAGAUCGCUCUGUCCAAAGAAGUACUGUGAAGCACAUCGAGCACUAUCAUUAUUUUGAUUCCAGUAAUCAUGCCAGCAUCAAGAACAUGAGGAUGAGUUGUACUAACAGAGCACCAGAACAACAGCCACCAAGGGGACCACGACCUGUACAGCAGAAUGAGCAACCGAAUCAUGUAAAAACACCGUCAAAACUACAGAAGCUCUCUUCGCGGUUCUUAGUACCUGAUGAAGAGAAAGUAAGUGGCAAUAUGAAGGAGAACCUACCGCCUUCACCAUGCUUAGAGAUGAAGGACGUUACUAAAGAUAUUACGGCUAAUACUAUUAGUGGAAGUGGUGCUUCUACCAAAACAAGGAGAAGUAGAAGAGGUGAAGACCACGAGGAGAAGUACUCCUAUCAGUAUGAUAAUAUUCUUUGUACACGACCAGACGAAGAUGCAGCUCCCGCACGUGGUGCUCUACUAAAUAAACACAAACACUUGUAUUAUGACAAGAUUAUUGAAGAUUCGCGACGCAUCAUUCACCAUCAUCAUAUAGUCUACAACCAAGGAUGGACGUGA